ACUGUAUUUUCAUUUAUUACUUGCCUUUUUAGGAACUUUUUUAACGUUGUGUUGGUGCCUGUUUUUCAAAUUUGACAUAUAACCUAUAAAUCCAAAUUUUUUAGGUUGUAUUUUUAUUAACAAAAAGUAAUAUAAAAAGUCCGAGACUUUCCAACGUCUAAAUAAAUGAUGUUUAGACCAAUAUCCGUAAAUUUAGAAACUGUCGAUGGCUACUUGCAACAGAAUAAUUAUUCUGCUCUUGAACUUUACCUAAAGACAGAAUUUAGACUGGAAAAGGAUGAGACAGGAGUUCCCUUAAAAAUUGAAUUUUCAACUAAAGCUGUGGACUUGCUACAUCAAAUUUUAAAGACAAUUGCUCAACAAAAUCUAACUAAAAACCAUGAAGGCAUUAUAAAAGAAUUAUUCAGGAGUUUGAGGAAUUAUGUCAUAAACCCAGAUGUUCAAACUUAUAUUGUAAAUGACGAAUUUUUUUUGUUGAAUGUGGUCAGUUUUAUGAAUCUACAAUCUGAAAUUAUUCAAAAUGCAUUCCAAAUUAUUUUACAAUUUUUAUUUAAUUUAAUAAUAUCAAAUAAAAGUGCUGUGGAUAAAGUGUAUGAUGUGUUUUAUCCUACAAUACUUACAUUCUUGAAAGACAACAAAUAUGUUUACGAAUCUUCUGCUCUUUUAUACAACAUGUCUUUAUAUAAGGACUUGAAUUUGGAUUGUGGCAUAUAUAAUUGUCUCCUUGAACUUUAUGACUCUCACAAUAGUGUAGAAUAUUUGUAUUUUAUGCUAGAAAAACUAAUAAGUGAUGGCAACUUUUGGAAAUGUUAUAAGAAAUUUGAUAUAAAUAAGAGGGCAGCAGUAUUGGGUGUGAUCAGAGAUAAACAGAUAAAAGGAGAAGCAAUAAAAAUACCAAUAAUAGGUUUAAAAGUGUUAAUAAACCAAUUUGUGACAUCUGGUAAAAUAAUUUUUCAAACAGUAGGAACUAAAGAUUCAAGGUUGGAAGCCUAUGAGAUAUCACAACUUGCACAAGUCAUAUCAUCUUACUGUAGUAAUGAAGAUUAUUUAAAAGUCUUACAAAGUGAUAAAGAUUUAUUAAUCAACUCCGGUGUUUUAUUAAUAAAUAUUCACAGAUUGGGAAAGGAAAGUGAAAAUUGUUUUACUUCAAUACAAAAUUUAUCUGAAAUUAGAGAACCUAAUAAAAACAUUCAAAAACAUCCAGCUUUUGGGUUUAAGGCAGAUCUGAUAAGGAUAAUUGGUAAUUUAUGUUGGAAAAACAAGAUAAUGCAAGACUUGACAAGAGAAGCCGAACUCAUACCAGUUAUUUUGGAUUGUUGUAACAUGGACGCAAGAAAUCCCUUUAUAAUGCAAUGGGUUAUAUUGGCCGUGCGUAACUUGUGUGAAAAUAAUCUGGAAAAUCAAAAAAUUAUUGCUGAAUUGCAUCAACAAGGAACUGUUUCUUCUUCUGUGUUGCAAGAAUUAGGAAUAACGUUAGAGAGUGAUGGUGACAAAUCUAUAAAAAUUGUGUCAUUAGAAACAUUACGAAGUCAGAAAUAAAAUGUAAUUGACAAA